GACGAGCGGCUCCCGAAAAAUGUGGCGGGAGAGGUCCUGAAAUUUAAACAAUCUUGGCGGCAAAGUAUUUCGCUAGCGCCUCGCUCCUGUAGCUUUGCCCAAAAGCGCUUGUGGGGAACAGAAAACGAAGAGAGGGAGGUAGGGAUGAAGCGGCGGCAGCACCGGAAGAAUUACCCGAGAGGGAUCCGGUCGGCCGGCGGGCAGACCACGCUCCAAUCCUUCCUCGUCAAGCCCAGGGUUGUCGAUAAUGAUGUGAAACCCUCGCCGCCACGGCCGCCGCCGGAGGUGGGGGAGGAGGAGGAGGCGCGGAUCUGCCCGCCAGAGCCGCCGAAGCGGGAGAUCGUCAGAGUCAUCAGGACGACCAUCAAGGAGAAGGCGAGCGCGUUCUCGUCGGUGGGCUCCGCGGGGAAGGACGGGGGCGGCGAGGCCGGCGGCGCUGUGAGCGCGGCGGUGUUCAAGCGGUUUCACACUUCAGCCCCGGUGGCGAGAGCGGAGAGCAACCGCGCGGAGGCAGGGGAAGACGGCGACAUCGACUUCGGCGGCGGAGGCGACGUCCGGCUGGACGUCGAGGAGAUUGGGGCGGCGAGCCGCCCCGAACCCAGGAUUAAGCGGAAGAGCCCCCUCGGCGGCGACGAGCACGGGGGCGACGCCAAGGCCAGGCGCGUGGUGGUGCUCGGCGACAACCCGAGGCCGCGGCCGGCGUGGAGGCGGGGGCGCGCCAGGCCCACCCGCGGCGGCGGCGAGGGCGAGGGCGAGGGCAGCCGCGCCCUGUACAACCACUACACGAGCGGGGGCGGUUGGUGGCACGGCGACAUGGAGGGCGUGGACGGCGAGGAGGUCGGCUGGACCGACGACAUGUGGGAGGGAAUGGGCUCCGUCACGCUCGGCGGCUUGGAGUGGCACUAGCCUCCUCCGCCGCCGCCGCAGCCCAGAGCAGCAGCAGAACCGCCGUUGCCGCUGGUUGAUGUCCAGGGAUCGAAAUGUAAGAUCCUGCUUGAAACUAGGUAACUUAACGGAGAAUAGUUUGAUUCCAAGUGGAAUCAGGUGAAUUUUUGUGUACCAAACUGGACCAAAAUGCUCUUGACAUGAACAUGCUGGGAUAGUGGGAUGUCA